AUGCUCUCCUAUGUCUUUACAACCGCAUCGAGUUAUUUUCACCUUCCUGUGGACGAAGAGGAGGAUAAAGAUAUCCUUUCUUGGGAGCGGAAAUACAUUACUUGGACGGCAGAACCUUCACCAGCCUCUUCUACGUCACCUUCGACACUACCUGUCUUUACGAUAAGGCCAGAAUCUGAAUUAGACGCCGACUCUGACAUAAACGAGACGGUGCACGAAGUUCUUUCCAAUGAUGAUCUGUAUUUGAUCCUGGGUGUUUCGAGGACCAUUUCUCUCGAUAAAAUAACCCUCCGGAAAGCUUAUCUUUCCAGGAGUCGGGCAUGUCAUCCUGACAAAUUCCCCAUCAAUAAUACCUCGGCAACAUUGGCCUUUCAGAAGGUGGCCAUAGCAUACAAUGUUCUCAGUAACCCCUCCUCAAAACGUAUGUACGAUAGCCGUUCUCCUUCGUCUAAUUACGACGUCUUCGCCGUGCGGCCCAGCGGUUUUGCAGAUGAAACCUUUCGAGGGGUAGUCAUCAGCGCGUUCAAUGAUUUUUUAGAUGGAGACAUGGAGGUUAUCAAGACAUUCCUGAGAGCUGUCAGUGACAUAAAUCCCUCAUUGUGUCUUGGAGAAGAUGGAAUAAAUUCCGUAUUAUUAGCUCUUCAAAGUAUCCGUGAGCGAGCUCUGUCAUGUCGAACGUGCCUCUUAGCCCUCCAUAGCCAAUUUCAUCGACUCCUCGAAACGAAACAUGAACUACAACAGCUCUCUUAUUUCGAUCUUUUCGGUCGCUCCAGGCUAACCGUCCAACUCACCCGAAUCACUCUCAGUAUUCCUAUCGUGGUCGAGACCGCCCUUUUGGAACAAAAAGCCUUGUAUGGAACAGGCCCUCCUGACGCUAGUGAAAGUGUGGCAUUAUUGCCUCGGCACGUCACAGGACUUAUUAGAACCAUCGACGUUGGACUACAAAGGCUCGAGCGCAUCCUCAAAUAG